CGGAUCCCGGGGCGGUGCCGGUUCCAGGGGCGGUCCCGGGGCGGAUCCGGUGCCGCCAUGGCCGCGGUGCCGGUGCGGGGCCGGCGUGGGGCGCUGGGGCCGGGGGCAGCCGGGGAGCCGGAAUGUAAGCGGCUCUGCAGGCUGCUGGACACCAUUCCAGGGGAGGCUGCUGCCCAGCUCGUGGACUGUGCCAUGGACCUGGAGCCCAGGCAGAAACUGCUCCCUGACUCUGCUCCCUGGGCUGCAAAGGCAAAGCAGAACUCCAUGAUUUUGGAAAACCAUGGGAGCAAAGGCAUUUCCCAGCCCUGCCCAAGAUGUGUUGCUGGAGAAUCUGGCCACUUCAGUCACAUCCUGGGCUUCUAGAAAAGGAGAGGAGCAGAGGAGCAGCUCUGAUUUCCUGCUGGGACCCCCAGGAUGCAGCUGCUCCUGGGCCCUGCCCGCCUCAGCACCCCACCCUGGGCACCAUUCCCUGCCACUGCCACUGCCCAAAAUGCUGCUGCUCCUCAGAGAGCUCAGAAUUUGUCCAAAAAGGACAAGGAAAGGAUGAUUUCAUGUUUAGGUAAUUCAGAAUUUGUUCAUAAAGGACAAGGAAAGGCUGAUUUCAUGUUUAGGUAAUUCAGAAUUUGUCUAAGAAAGACAAGAAAUGGCUGAUUUCAUAUUUAGCUCAGAAUUUGUCUAAAAAAGACAAGAAAUGGCUGAUUUCAUAUUUAGCUGAGAAUUUGUUCAUAAAGGACAAGGAUAGGCUGAUUUCAUGUUUAGGUAAUUCAGAAUUUGUCUAAAAAAGACAAGAAAUGGCUGAUUUCAUAUUUAGCUCAGAAUUUGUCUAAAAAAGACAAGGAAAGGCAGAUUUCAUAUUUAGCUCGGAAUUUGUUCAUAAAGGACAAGGAAAGGCUGAUUUCAUGAUUAGGUAGCUCAGAAUUUGUUCUAAAAGAUCCAAGAAGAUGCAGAUUUCUUGUUUAGCUCAGAAUUAAUUUUAAAAGGACAAAAAAAGGCUGGUUUCAUGUUUAGGUAGCUCAGAAUUUGUUUUAAAAGGACAAAAAAUGGCUGAUUUCAUAUUUAGCUCAGAAUUUGUUUUAAAAGGACAAAAAAUGGCUGAUUUCAUAUUUAGCUCAGAAUUUGUCUAAAAAAGACAAGGAAAGGCAGAUUUUAUAUUUAGCUCAGAAUUUGUUCAUAAAGGACAAGCAAAGGCAGAUUUCAUGUUUAGGUAGUUUAGAAUUUGUCUACAAAGGACAAGGAAAGGCAGAUUUCAUGUUUAGCUCAGAAUUUGUUCAUAAAGGACAAGAAAAGGCUGAUUUCAGGUUUAAGUAGUUUAGAAUUUGUCUAAAAAGGACAAGGAAAGGCAGAUUUCAUGUUUAGGUAGCUCAGAAUUUGUUGUACAAGAACCAAGAAAAUGCAGAUUUCUUGUUUAGCUCAGAAUUUGUUUUAAAAGGACAAGCAAAGGCAGAUUUCAUGUUUAGGUAGUGCAGAAUUUGUUUUAAAAGGACAAGGAAAGGCUAAUUUAAUGUUUUAGAUGGAUUAAGUUGAGCUGGCCUUGGGCCCAGGCUUCACCUGGGACUGGGCCAGAGCUUGUGUUGAUUCCAAAGGUUUUCCCAACAGCCCUGACCCCCUUGGAAAAUGCUCCUUUGGAAAAUCCUCCUUGUGCAGGGCCACAGGCAGCAAUGGGAGGACACAGAUUUUCAUUUUUAAGUGGCUUUGCAGCUGUGAAGUCCAGGAAAAAUCCAAUUGAAGCUUACAUUUAAAUCCCAAAAAAAUCUGUUUAAAAAGGCUUGACCUCAUCACCCAGCAAGCUUUUAUUGGCACAGAUCUAAGGACAGGUUAAUUAACCUCUGAAAGGUUAAUUUGGGGGUUAUCAGGCUGCAAAAUCCUCAGGCAAAGGUUUUUUGCAGGCCUUGAAUCCUUCCCAUGUUGUGUGUGGAGUUGGAGUCAGCACUGAGUUGAGAUAGUCUCAUUAAAUAAAUGAAUAUCACAUAAAUACUGAGUUUAAUUAAGUAAUACAUGAGGAAAUAAAUCUAAAAGCAGACCUGCACUUAAUUGGCACUCAGAUUUUGGUUUAAAAAAUAAGUUUCCUCCAAGCCAAUAAAAGUUUUAGUUAAAUCAAGAAUAAAUACUUUCAAGUUGGUAUUUCCAUACUUGAUAGCAAGAUCUGGGGUGUCAGAAUUUGUGGGGAAUUCAUUUUUGCAUCCCCCACCCUUGUCUUUUAAAAAUCCUGGUAAUCAAAGCAGUAUUUAAAAACAAGGUGGAUGGACAGCAGUUUCUGUGCAGCAAAAGCUGAAAUAUCUGAGUAAAUGUAAAGGGCUAAAAGGGUUUAGUUCCUGCAAAAUCACUCAAAACCUCAGGUGUGACAAGUAAUGAUUAGGACUGGUCGAAAUUUGGUCAAAUAUGGUCAAAAUUUCAGGUGUUCAAAGAGGGGAAUACCAAAACUGGACUCAGAGUCUGUGAUGGAAGAGUUUUCUGCCAGAAUUCCUCAGGCAAAAUACAGGAUCAAGUUUAAAACAGGGAAAACAUGGAUUAUGAAAGUAAAAAGUGUUUUUUCCUUAAAUAACUCCCGUUUUAUCGUGUUCAGGAGUUCAAAGAUAUCUGUGUCAACAUUUCCUCUGUUUGCUUUCAACUUGGAUCUGGGGUAAAGCCAAGAACCAGCUGGUUCCUUUCUGGUUUUCCUUCUGCUCCUGGUGGGGUUUGUGGCAAGAAUUUGAAAUCCUUUUAAAUUCUCCUGCUUUUCCAGCAUUUGUUGGAAGCGCCAUGGUGAAUCCUAGGGCUGGCUGUGGCAGAAUUUUAAUGGGAUUUUUGGGAACUUUUAUUUUUUAACCAAACUACGGAUGCUUAUUUAGCGCAGGUCUGGUUUAAAUGUAUUUCCUCACGUGUUACUUGAGUAACUCAGUGUUUGUGUGCUGCUCAUCCAUUUCAUGAGCAUUUCCCACUGUCACUGGGCAGGGAGCAGGGGUUUCUGUGCAUUUCAUUCAGGGCACUGCUGAGGAGAGCAGGAGCCCCUGAUGCUGCUUUGGGCUCGGGGUGAGCAGGGAUGUCCUUCCCCUGUCCCAAAUGCCCAGUGCAGCCUGGGCUGGCAGGGACAUGGGGGAUUCCAGGUGUUCCCCUGAGGGCCCUGAUCUCAAACAGGGCUCUCUGUGCUGGGCUUCCUGCAGGAGCACAGAGGGGAAAGCAGAGCGAGUCAGCUCGGAUGUUUCAAUCAAUAAAUAAAAUACAUUCUCCUGCUAGGAGUGAGCCCCAAACAGGACAGCAGGCAGUGGAAAGGAGUCUGCCCUCAUUUCCAGCUAUCCCAAUCCCCAUUUCCCUGCAGGAUUCCAGCCUGGAAAAGGCCUCAAAGCCCAUCCAGCUCCACCUGGGACCCCUCCCACUGUCCCAGGUGCUCCCAGCCCCAGUGUCCAGCCUGGCCUUGGGCACUGCCAGGGAUGCAGGGGCAGCCCCAGCUGCUCUGGGCACCUGUGCCCACCCUGGGGCUGCAGAAAUUCACAUUUCAGCUCUGUCCUGGGGGAACUUCCCCACCUGGAACCCCUGGAGCUGCUCCCUGGGGCUCACAUCCAGGUGUUCCAGGGCAGGGCAGCUGCUGCCCUGACCCCUCCCAAACUCUCCUCUGAAUUAAAUCACCUCUAACUCCUCUCAGACUCCCCGUUAUCCCUGUUUUUCUCCCCACAUUGGAAGGCAGAAGCUCCUGGAUCAAUUCCAAAGUGAACUUUUCCUCUCAGAUGUGAUUCCCUGUUUUCCAACAGGGCGAGGAGUGCUUUUUUAAAAUCAGCCAGCAAAUUGGAAUUUAAUUGUCUGCUCCACUGAAGGUUUUUAAUAGUGAUAUUUUUUUAAAUAGAUGUGUUUGUAAUUUAUUUUGGGAUUUUCCAGGAUCAUUAAGCUGGCACAGGCUGGGGCAGUGAAUAUUCCUUUAAAGCAGAUUUGUGUCAAAUCUGCAGUGGAACCACAGAGUUAUUUUUGUAUGCCUUGUAGAACUCUGAAAUUUUGUUUUCUUGAUGAAAAAAAAAUAUAUAUAAAUUUUCUAUUUCCUGCUGCUGUGGUUUGUACAAAGAAUAACCAGUGAUGCUUUAUUUACCUGUAUAUAGAGAGAAAGGCCCCUGGCCUGUUUUUAAUUCAGGUUUAAAUGAUCUAAUUCUUAUUUUUAACUUUGUAUUUUGUAAAUUGUUCCUUACAAAAGCAGAAGCAUUAAACACCACUUUGGCUGCAGCA